GAGGCAAACACGGAGGACUUUUUAAAAAGAGCACCUGCCUAGGUAGAAGAAUCUGACAGAGGAGGAAGGCGAUCCAGGUGGAAACUGUUUGGAGGAGAAGGAAGGAUGAGGGGAGAGCUGCGCCCAGUCGGUCUAGAAGCAAGGAAAGGCCCUGAUGCCACUGAGGCUGGGAGCACAAGGGAACUGUUGGGAGGAACCAUACAGAAGAGCCUGGGAGAGGAUUUUCCCCCUUCAGAGGCACUGCUCCAGAAAUUCCGGCACUUCCGUUACCAGGAGUCCGAAGGGCCCCGAAAGGUCUGCAGCCGACUCCACCGCCUUUGCCUCCAGUGGCUGAAGCCAGAAAGGCACAGCAAGAAGGAGAUCCUGGACCUGGUGAUCCUGGAGCAGUUCCUGUCCAUCUUGCCCCCAGAGAUGGAGGGCUGGGUCAGGGAAUGUGCACCAGAGAGCAGUUCCCAGGCGGUGGCCCUGGCUGAAGGCUUCCUCCUGAGCGGAUUAGAUGAUGAAAAUCAGGACCUGGAGGUGCAGAAAAGAAUCAUGUGUCACCCCGGAGCAGAUUUUCAGGGCAAGGCCUUGAAACCAACAAUAAAAUCUUUGCCAUAUGUUUGCAGCCGAGAGACAUCAACUUCUAUAUGGCCAGAUCAGGGUCCAGUGACCUUCGAGGAGGUGUCUGUUCAUUUCACUGAGGAGGAGUGGGCUCUACUGGAUCCAGAAAAAAGAAGCCUUCACAAGGAAGUCAUGGAAGACAAUUUUCAGAAUAUGGCCUCUUUGGGAGUUCUGGUUCCUAGCUCUGACUGUAUUUCCUUCAUUCAAGGAAAUGGAAAUCCAUUUUUCCAGGACCCAGAAGAAAGAGAUAAAUCAGCAGAGGCAGAUGGACCCCAGAGAAAGUCUGAGAGAAAGCCUCAACAACUCCCAUUGGUAAGGGAACAGCAAAGAAGUAAUGGGACAAAACAGAAGAAGAAGGAAGAAUCAUCCUUUCAAAUGAGCUGCACAGGGAAGGAACAAUAUAAAUUCAUGGAGUAUGGGAAGAGCUUUGCUUUGAGUUCAAAGGUUACUGCCUAUCGACAAAUUCACACGGGGAAGAAAAGAUAUAAAUGUGAGGACUGCGGGAAGAUGUUUAAACUCAAAGCACAUCUUACGGAACAUCGACGAAUCCACACAGGAGAGAAGCCAUAUAAAUGUGUGGAGUGUGGGAAAAGCUUUGCUCAGAGGUCUAACCUUAGUUAUCAUCGACGAAUCCACACAGGGGAGAAACCAUAUAAAUGCUUGGAGUGUGGGAAGAGCUUUGCUCAAAGUUCGCAUUUUACGAGCCAUCAACGAAUCCAUACAGGGGAGAAACCAUUUAAAUGUUUGGAAUGUGGGAAGAGCUUUGCUCAUAAUUCAGAACUUACUUGCCAUCGACGAAUCCACACAGGGGAGAAGCCAUAUAAAUGUGUGGACUGUGGGAAGAGCUUUGCUCAGAGAUCCAGCCUUAGUUACCAUCAACGAAACCACACAGGGGAGAAACCAUAUAAAUGUUUGGAGUGUGGAAAGAGCUUUGCACAUAAUUCAGAACUUACUUGCCAUCGACGAAUCCACACAGGGGAGAAGCCUUAUAAAUGUUUGGAGUGUGGGAAGAGCUUUGCACAUAAUUCACAGUUUAUUUCCCAUCGACGAAUCCACACAGGGGAGAAACCAUAUAAAUGUUUGGAGUGUGGAAAGAGCUUUGCACAUAAUUCACAGUUUAUUUCCCAUCAACGAAUCCACACAGGGGAGAAGCCUUAUAAAUGUUUGGAGUGUGGAAAGAGCUUUGCACAUAAUUCACAGUUUAUUGCCCAUCAACGAAUCCACACAGGGGAGAAACCAUAUAAAUGUUUAGAGUGCGGAAAGACCUUUGCUAGGAAUACACAUCUUACUGAACAUCGACGAAUCCACACAGGAGAGAAACCUUUUAAAUGUGUAGAAUGUGGAAAGAACUUUGGUUAUAGUUCACAUCUUACUGUUCAUUAUCGAAUCCACACAGGAGAGAAGCCCUAUAAAUGCAUAGAGUGUGGGAAGAGCUUUGCUCAUAGAAAAUCGUUUACUGCCCAUUGUCAAAAACACACAGGGGAAAUGCCCUAUAAAUGCUUGGAAUGUGGGAAGAGCUUUGCUCAUCGUUCACUGCUUAAUGCCCAUCAUCGAAUUCACACAGGGGAGAAACCAUAUAAAUGUGUGGAGUGUGGGAAAAGCUUUGGUAAGAACUCCUAUCUUACUGAACAUCGACGAAUCCACACAGGGGAGAAGCCUUAUAAAUGCAAAGAAUGUGGGAAGAGCUUUGCUUAUAGAAAAUCAAUUAUUGCCCAUCGUCGAAACCACACAGGGGAAAUGUCCUAUAAAUGCUUGGAAUGUGGGAAGAGCUUUGCUCAUUCUUCACAGCUUAAUGCCCAUCAUCAAAUCCACACAGGUUAGAAGCCAUAUAAAUACAUAGAGGGUGGAAAGAGGUUUGCUCAGAGGGCCCACCUCAUUUCCCAUCAACAAAUUCACAUAGGGGAGAAACCAUAUAACUGUGUAGGGUGUGGGAAGAGGUGUACUCAGAGCUUCUGCCUUACCGUCAAUUGAUAACUCCACACGGGAGAAACCAUAGGAAUGUGUUGUGUGUGGGAAUAGCUUCGUUCAAAGUACAGAUCUUACUUCACAUCAACGAAAUAGGUUUGCUUGGAGUACAGAGCUUAGUAUACACCUAUGAAUUUACACAGGUGAAAAACCACAUAAUUUGGUGGAGGAUGGAAAGAACUUUGCUCGGAGGGCCCACUUUACUGUUCCUGAACAAAUCCACACAAGGAAGUAACCAUACCAAUGUGUGGAGUGUGGAAACAGCUUUUCUCAGAGUUCAGGCAUUUUUGUGCAUGCAACAAAUCUGCGCAGGAGAGAAACCACGUAAGUCUGGAAGAAAGUUAUGUUUAAAAAGUCAUCACAUAUCAAACAAUUCUCAUAGGAGAGAAAACAUACAAGGACUUUGGGUAGGGUUUUUGAUGUAGAGUGAAAGUCAAGGAUAUUUCAAGGGUGGAAGAAGGAGAGAUUUUAUAUGUUUUAAUUUGGAAUUGUUAAAAAUGUUUUGUAAACCACCCUAAACAAUGUACAAACGUGAGAUACAAAUGCUCUCCAUGGCCAUUGUCCAUAGCAUCUUCACUCAUCUACACCAUAACUUUUUACAUUUUUAAUUUAAUUUUUAUUUCUUAAUUUAAAUUUAAAUUUUUUAAAUAAGUGUAAGAAUAAAUAACACAGCAUUCACUCAUCUGUGAGCAUUCGCUCAAACUUUUAAGUGUGAGAAUAAGUUACAACAGUCUUUGUUUUUCUUAUUGCGAGCCAAAAAUCUAUUUUUGUGGGGGACAUGAGGAGUUUAGGAAAGCUCUCACUCUCCUGGAAAACUAUGGUUGUAAUUAUUCAAGAGGGCUUUCUACUCAGAUGGGAGGGCUGUAAUCCUGAAUGUAAUCUGCCCUGGGCCUGCUUGUGCAGGGAAGGCAGAAUAAAAGUCCAAAAUAAUAAAUAAAUAAUUAUGUAUG